AUGCAACUACGGUAUGCAAAGUGUGCAAACACCGCGAUGACGAAAAUGCACAUUCGACAUUUCAAUUGACGACAGCGUAUUUUCAUUUUUUCGCAACCUUUCUCAUUCGUUUUAUUGCAGAAUGGAUGACGAUGAGUUUGACGCGUAUUUUGAAAAUGGAGAAGGUGAAGAAGAUGAAGACGAAGAAGUUGAUUUGCGCGAAAAUCCGGAGAAUGCAAAUCCAGAAUAUGAAUUAGAACGAGAAGAAGGAGAUUCGAAAUCACCAGAAGAAUUCGCAAAGUUUUUGAAUGCUACUCAGUUUGCUGACGAAAUCAAAGAGUAUUUGAAAACUUUGAAAUUUUUCGAGAAAAACGAGACCACCGGAGAUAUCGUACCAACAAAAAGUUUGUUGAAAACAGUGAAUGUAAGUUAUUCAGUUGGUUUUUCUACCUAAACUAGAAUUUUUAGGGAUUUGUCAUUUAUCUAUUGGGCACCAAGAAAAUUCAAAAACCUGUGUUGAAAAGUUUAUCUGCGAUUUUCGGGCGAUAUGAUAUUUUCCACUAUAUCUCGACGGAACUUGUUCGAAAAAUUGGAAACCUCAAAGAUUCUCGUGUCAACGCCUGGUUCAAUCUCUUCAAUUUCCUCACAACAAUCUCUCAUCCAACAGAUAAAAUCACCAAGCCAUUUUUCCCGCAAUUCUGUAUUCGAACACCAUUCUCCACAAAACUUAUGAAAAAACGAAAAAUGCUUUGGAUUGCUGCCGAUUGGGAUAAAGUUUGGAUGGCAAUUAUGACUGGAACUGUUAAUUCAAAGGUCUCCUUGAAACUUAUUCCAUAUAUAACUGAACAUGUGAUUUCGAAGUUGAAAGUUCCUUUUAAAUCAGCAGAUUUCUUCUACAAAAUGUUUGAGAAAAAGGAUAUUCAUGCAAUUUUAUCAUUGGCUGCUAUUUUCAAAUUGAUUACAGAGCAUAAUUUGUGAGUUUUUAUUUAUUUAACAUGGAAAAUGUUUUUGUUUUCAGCGAGUAUCCGAAGUUCUACGAAAAGGUUUAUUCUUUGAUGCGUCCUUCUCUUCUUUACAUGGAUCACAAAGAAAAAACUCUAACUCUUCUCGAUAGUUUUCUUUCCUCAACUCAUAUUCCAAACUACAUUGUAGCCUCAUUUAUCAAAAGACUUGCACGAUGUCUUAUUCUCGCACCAGUUGAUGCACAAGAACCAAUUCUUGGAUUAAUUCGUAAUCUUCUUGUUCGACAUGGAAAUUGUGAAGAAUUGGUUCAUCGAGAAGAACCAAAAUCAUUUAUUGAUGAUCCAUUUGAUGAUAAAGAACCAGAAUUGCAUAAAACAAAAGCAUUGGAUUCGUCACUUUGGGAAAUGAAAUUGUUGCAAGCACAUUGGAAUCAAAGUGUUAGAAAGAGAGCACAUUUUAUUGAUAAACCACAACAAAAAGUGAGUGGAAUAUGAAUAUUGUGAAGGGAUUUUAGGUAGAGAAAAAUAUUCUUCAAGAUUUUGAGGAAAAAUGCUGUUGCAAAUAAGUCCAUGUGAAAAUCUCAAAAACAUUAUUCAAUAAUUCUGAAACGUAGAAUUCGAAGGUUGUUUUGUGGAAAAAAUGGAACAUUUUUAGUUAUCCAUUUUUUUGUCACUCAAUCUGAAACAUCCCUGAUUUUUCCAAAAAAAGAAAUUAACAAAUUCAAUAUUUUUGCAGCUCGAAUCGUAUGUUCGUUUCCGUUGUUCUGAUGAACUUUUCUCGGUAAAUAUGGCAAAAUCAUUUGGCGGAGAAGACGGAGAAGCUGAAAAAUAUCGAAAACUUCAAGAUGGAGAAGAGGAUAAUGAGGAUUCACGCCCUCCAGAGCCCAAAAAAUCGCGAAAAAAGUUUGGAAAAUUCGCGGCGAAACAUGAGGAAAAAGAGAAAAUUGUGAAAUUAGUUGGAGUGAAUUCGGAGAAGCCGACAAGUAUUUUGAAUCGAAAAACUGUUACAAUCAAUGUUGAUUCGCCGAUUUUGUGGAAGAUUUGA